AUGAGUUAUUUGGAGGAUAUUCUUGCGCUUUCUCCAUUGCCCUCACCUUUGGUACCCCAACAUGGACUAGUUGACAUCAGUGGUGCCAUGUCUUUCGAUUUUCACACUAUUUCUGUUGUUCUACAUGGUUGCCUUGUUUGGCUGUCUAACACCCGCAUUCCUCUAAAUGAUAAAACUGAAAAUUGCCCCGAGGCGACCAGCGUCGGAGAUGUGCACUACCUAUCCACGGGCACUGCCAAUCGAUAUCACACAAAUUCCACUUCAGCCAUGGAUACCUCACUGGGCUACAGGGAGCAGCGUCUGCUAGAGGAGUUGCGCAAUGCCAAAGAGGAACUGGCAUCCCUUAGGAGGGCGAACAGUGUUAUCAAUGAGCCCUGUCAACCACCGAUGACGUUGCCACUGCAAAGACGCCACUUGGCGUCAGAAGAGAGCCAUCAACAACAGGGUUUUCUAUCAAAUCGGCAGCAGAGUCACUACUUGUCCCAACACAGUGUGCACCAGGGACAGGCCUCUGCAAAUCCCUAUCUUUAUGCCCGCGGAUAUGGUUGCUCUCUACCCAACGUCCGACCACAGAGUCUACCAAGAGCAAAGAACCACGACCGGGAUUGUCAUACUGGCAUGUGCGAGUACUGCUGGCGCGAUGCUGGG